AUGGCAUCGACACGAUCAUUGUUGAGGCCUUGCAGCGGCAUCGCCAGGCUCGGUGCGCGCAACCCGCUUGCGCCGGUCAUUUGCAUUUCAUGUAGACAGUUUUCUACUUCACCCACCAAUCCGCAGGCCGAAGCAACAAGCGCAGCAGCGCCUCCUCGUCGCAAGCCCUUGACGAAGGAGCAGCGGGAUUUCCUUUCCUCUGCGUUACGUGUCAAUCAAGCCGGAGAACUGGCCGCGACCCGAAUCUACACAGCCCAGACCCCUCCGAUUGUGAACCGGCAUCCGCACCUGCGACCGCUGAUGGCACACAUGUAUGAGCAAGAGGAGGGUCACCUCAAAACAUUCAACUCGCUUGUUCACAAGCACCGUGUACGGCCCACUGCGCUCUACCCUGUCUGGCAGCUCUUGUCGACCGGUUUAGGCUGGAGCACGGCAGUUAUGGGAAGAGAGGCGGCAAUGGCUUGUACAGAGGCUGUCGAGACGGAAAUUGGCGAUCACUACAACAACCAGAUCCGGACUCUGCUCGAGAUGAUCAGCGAGUGGGAGGCUGAGGGCUACGAGGUUGGGCCGGAAUUCACCAAUCUGAUCAAGACGCUGCGGCGCAUUCGAGACGAAGAGCUAGAACACCUUGACCACGCUGUCGAGCAUGACGCCAAGAACGCAAAGCCGCACUGGCUGCUGACCGGCAUCAUCCGGGCAGGGUGCAGAGGCGCCAUCUGGGUGAGCGAAAAGAUAUAA